AUGUCUUCUGCGAAGCGCGGUCCCCCUCCCCCUUUUUCCUUUCCGGGCUGGCAGGCGGCGGCUCGCUCCCCUCGGCCCGGUGGGGACAAGUCCGUGUGCCGCCUCUCCGCUGCUCCUCCGGCUCCGGCUCCGGCUCCGGCUCCGCUGCGGCCCCGCUACGAUCGCGGCGGCGGCCCGGGGGCGACGCUGGCGCCUCCCUCCCCGCGGCGGGGCGGUGGCGGCGGGCGGAGCGCGGCCAAUGGGCGCCGCACGGGGGCGGGCACCCAGCGCCGCCGGCGGGACACGGCCGGGGUGCACUCACAGCAUGGACCCUACACCUCAGACUCCACACCCCGGACCCCGGACCCCAGACCCCAGACUCAGACCCUGGACCCCGGCUCCCGGAGCCCUCUCCCCCGAUGCACGCGGGAGGUUUUUCCCAGCCUCGCAGCACCGGAGCAGGCUGCGGCGGGGGCAGGAGGCGACGGGAGGCGAGUGGCAGCGGCCGUGGAGGCUGGUCCCGGAGCCUGGUCCCCCGCGACCCGGCGACCCUUUUCAUCCACCGUACACAUUGUCGUGACUUGCCAACUUCUGCUGGGACGAUUUCCCUGA